AUGUAUGUGGACCCACAGAGGAAUAACCAGGUACGGCGGUUGACUUUAAAUAUUACACCCAAGGAAGAAUUAUCUUAUCAUAGACCAAGACCUGCGAAUGAAAAUGCUAUAAUGUCUAAUAGAGAACAAUCUCCACAAUUGGAUAUUGCCAACUCUACUUCUCCAGUAUACUCAAUUCCUAAAGAUGAAAUACAGAUUUUAAAGGAGCGUCAAGCGAAAGAAAAAGAAGAAGAAGAGGUAGUAGUAGAAAGGCAACAUGAAAAGAGUUUACAAGUGGAUAGCCAAAAUUUAUCCAUCAUAAAGGAAUUGGAAACCGGAAGCACUGCUGUUACUACUACCGCUGCAGCAGUAGUUUCUAAUAAUAAUAAUAAUCAUAACCAUAAUCAUAAUCAUCAUCAUAAUAAUAAUAAUAAUAUAACACAGAAUACCGCUGGUGAUGAUAAAUCUUUAUUCAAUUCUGUACAGGAACCUUUAACAGUUAAGGGAAUAGAACAUGAUAUGUUAUUACAUGGUAAAAAGACCUCUGGGAAAUAUACUUUCCAAGAUUUUCAAAUAUUAAGGACUUUAGGUACUGGAUCUUUUGGUAGGGUCCAUUUAAUUCGAUCAAAUCAUAAUGGUAGAUUUUAUGCAUUAAAAGUUUUAAAAAAGAAAACAAUUGUAAAAUUUAAACAGGUUGAACACACAAAUGAUGAAAGAAAAAUUUUAUCAAUAAUAUCACACCCCUUUUUAAUACGAAUGUGGGGGACAUUCCAAGAUUCGCAGCAAAUUUACAUGGUAAUGGAUUUUAUUGAAGGUGGAGAAUUAUUUUCUCUAUUAAGAAAAUCAAAAAGAUUUCCAAACCCAGUUGCCAAAUUUUAUGCUGCAGAAAUAUGUCUUGCUUUAGAAUACUUACAUGAUUUGGAAAUUAUUUAUAGAGAUUUAAAGCCAGAAAAUAUUUUACUUGAUAGGAAUGGCCAUAUUAAAAUAACAGAUUUUGGUUUUGCAAAAUACGUUCCUGAUGUGACAUAUACCUUAUGUGGAACACCAGAUUACAUUGCUCCAGAAGUUGUCAGUACGAAGCCUUAUAAUAAAUCUGUAGAUUGGUGGUCAUUUGGUAUAAUAAUAUAUGAAAUGUUAGCUGGUUAUACCCCUUUUUAUGAUUCUAACACUAUUAAAAUAUAUGAGAAAAUAUUGAAUGCCCCAUUGAAAUUUCCAGAAUACUUUGAUUCCUUAGUGCAGGAUUUAUUGAGAGGGUUAAUCAACAGAAAUUUAAGUCAAAGAUUAGGCAAUUUGCAAGGUGGUACUGAAGAUGUUAAAAACCAUCCAUGGUUUGAAGAGGUUGUUUGGGAUAAAAUAUUAGCAAGAUGUAUUGAAACACCAUACGAACCACCAAUAAGACAUGGACAAGGUGAUUCAUCUCAGUUUGAUAGAUACCCUGAAGAGGAACUUCACUAUGGUUUUCAAGGUGAAGAUCCGUAUCAUGAUUUAUUUAAAGCGUUUUAG